GUCUCUCAAAGAGCAAACGCACUGGAUUGAGAGCAUUCUGUGGUUCAGAGGUCAGCAAAGACCUCGAUUUGCUGAAUGCUAUCGCGUCAGAUCUUCCCUGUGUGUGUUUGUCCCUCGGUCGGUCAGCAGGGAGAAGACCGUGUUGAAGGCUGGUGAUUGAUUCCUGACUGAGCAAGGACAAGCAGCAAGAAGCAUCGACGAAGACAGGAUGUACUACGACCCGAGCUACUCGCAGUCCAUCCACGCGAUGAACCGCGCCGUGUAUGGAGGAGGACCUGCGUCGCAGCCACCACCCGCCGUGUUGCUCACACCGGUAUGUACGGUAUGUGAGGGUAAAGCAGCUGGCGGGUGUGAAGGGAUACAUCUCCAGUCGCGUGUGUGUGUGGUCAUUCUCAGCAGGUGCCGACGACCGUGCCUGUGUAUGGUCCGGCGUACGCAUACCCCACGGGCGGCGUGCCGAGUAUCCACCACCAGGUGACUCGACUACAGGCACACAGACACACACACACACUCAGACACACAGACACACAGCCAGCCAUUCGUGUCAUGAAGUAAUCUGGCGCUCUGCUGUGUGUCGGGUCGGAUCUGUGUGUGUCAGAAUUACGUCGUGGCGACUCACCAGAUGGUCCCGCCCAUGCACGAGUACCGACCCACACCCGUGGUAUGUAGCCAUCCACCCACCUGCACAACCACAACACAACACAAUACACGUGCUGACAGACGACACCCAGACAGACAGAGGUGUGUGUGUGUGUGUGUGUCUGCAGACCCACCCGAUGGUAGUGCCGGUGGCAGGGAGCGUUCCACACAUGAACUACGUCCUCACCACGACUCCCAACCCGCCGCUGCUGGCACCGAUGCCGCUCUACGGUGCGCCGGUGGGGGUGCCGCUCCCACACACACCCGUGGAGGGCGCCUCCAAGGCCGGCAGCGCACACGAGGAGCCACAGCACAGCGCAUCCAAGGACGAGACCGACAAGUGAAGGAAGAACACAUAUCGACCGCACACGUGCAGGGGGGGCGAGUUGAGGGAUGAUGUUGAUUGCACGGGCGCCCGCUUGUUGUCUGUUCGUGUAUGGAUGGAUGGAUGGAUGUGUGAAUGGGAUGGAUGUGUGGAUGGAUGUAUAACCACAAGCAACCAAGUACAGUACGAUCUGGCUUUUUUCCGGCCGGGGGGGCCCGUAGAUGCAUAGCAGACGCCAUGCCCGUGUGAAUUACUUACCUUUCGUUUGCCCUCUUAUGAGUCAGUCAGUCGGUCAGUCAGUCAGUCGUGUUUGUUUUUUAUCAUGUGUACAGUACCCCAUGCCAUACAUACCAUACAUACAUAGCAUCAUACCAUACCCACCAGCUCUUUCCUGUGUCGAAGAACGAAGGGCGUGGGUCAUUUUUUGUCCAUCGUAUGGCAGUGGAGAGGGGGGGGAGAGAGCAUUAUGGCCGUUGCUAAAGCUGCGGCUACAGACGUCUCUGCUGCCUCCUUGAGUACAGGAGGGAAGCAGCGCCGUCGGUGGAGGCGGCACAACCAACGGCCACCAUGCCAAGGGUUCCUGUUUCGGGAUUGCUGUACGGUACACCGGUGCCUUUUCCUGCACGCACCUCUCUUUUUCGAAACGCAUGUGUGAACAUGUCAUUGUUGACGGGGGCGGGUGCAACUCGACCGAUGGAUGGACGGACAAGUGUUUUCCCUGGGUGUCCGUCUGUCUGUCUGUCUGUGCGUGGGUGCACAGAUCACUCUCCCAUCCCACUGGUUGUAACUAUCUUCUUCGGUGAGUGAGUGUGCCUUGGUCGGCAGAAGGAUAUACUCAGUCGGGAGAAAAAUGCGUAUCAUGCGUGUGUGUUGGGUUUAGCUGAUAUCGUAACAUGAGCUUGGCGCUCUUGUCGUGAUGGGCCCCUCAUCGCACAAUGGCUUGUUGCGGGGAGGGCACCGUACCGGCAGGCGACGAGAGCACGUGUUGACGAAUACAGACGGGGUGGAGGGGAGGGGGGUGAAGAUGGGUUGGUUCGGCGAAUCACAGACAAAUAAAAACGGAACAUUGAAUGAGUGUUGCAUCCAUCCAGUGUAUCCAUCCAUAUACAUUGAUCACUCACGUCGCAUGCUCGUG